CAGUUUGUUUUGCCGCUUUCGACUCUUUGGUUGCAAUCGCAUGCGAGUUCGCGUUCGCAAUUCAAUUAACGUUACGGAAAGUAGUACGUUGAGUUUUGAAGCGUAAAAUAUACAAAUUUCCAAAAGGAAACGCAUCCAAAUCGUCUGCAAUUAAUUUCGUGCAUACCUCGCAGGUCGUCAAUAGCCAAGAAAACAAAAAAAAACUACAUUUUCGCAACAACUAAUAAAAACAACAACAAUCACAAAAACAGCAGCAACAGAAACGACCAGCAAUCAACGAAACGUUCAACCGGUGAUUCUUUGAUUGUGAAAAAGUUGUUUUUGGUCAGUCAGAAAGUAAAGAAACGUAACGCGAAAAUUGUGCGUUGUGUAUAAAAGAGCAACAGCAACAGCAAUAGAAAGAGCAAACAAAACAAGGACGAGCGUUAACAGCAUUAGUGGAAUUAAGGAGGAAAUAAAUAAAUAAAUCAACGAACAAAAUGUCGGAAUCAGUUUGUCACAAAUGCAAUGAAAUCAUCACGAAGCGCAUCAUUACAGCGCUUGGUAAGACAUGGCAUCCGGAACAUUUUGCAUGCAAAGAUUGCAAUACACCCAUCGAGGAGGCCACAUUCAAUAUACAAGAUGGCGAACCAGUUUGUUCCAAAUGUUUUCUGAAAAACUACUCGGGCACAUGUCAUGGCUGCAAGCAACCCAUAUUGGAGCGCACAAUUAAAGCUUUGGGCCAAACAUGGCAUGAGGAUUGCUUUGUGUGUGGCGGACCAUGCCACAAACCCCUAGUCGGUACGUCUUUCUACGAGCGCGAUGGCCGGGCCUAUUGUAAAACGGACUUUGAGGAACUCUUUGCGGCACGUUGCGCUGGCUGCACAAAACCUAUCACAGAGAAUGCGAUUGUGGCGUUAAAUGCCAAAUGGCAUAGGGACUGCUUUAAAUGCAAGAAAUGCGCCAACCCUAUCACAGCGAGUAUAUUCGCCGUUGAAGAGAACAAACCAGUCUGCACAGAGUGCUCAGCCUAAAAUGAGCCACAAAUAAGCGCAGCGAAAAGCAAAGAAGUGAUUAUGUAAUGUGCAUGCGAUGAACAAUGUAUAGCAAUCAAAACGAAUAAUUACCCGAAAAUUUUGGAUUUUAAAGACAACUCAAAUAACAAAAGAGCUAAAAGAGAAAAAAUGUACACAUUACGAGUCAGAAAGAAUUCGUGCAGCUAAGAAUUUUUGUUUUUCAAAUAUGUAAUUUCCCCUUAAAUGUGUUCGCUAUUGCGCCACUAACCAGAAUACACAUAAAAAAUUGCACAAAUUUUCGAGAAAAAAGUAUUCAAAUAACACUUUAAUACACAUUCCACAUAAACACGAUCCACAUAACCACAGUCCACACAGGCCAACACACAAAUUAACGUGCCGAACGCUGUUCACAACCGAAUGACCGACUAUCGUACGAACUAAAUAGCUGUUGUAUGUACUAUGUUUUCACGGCAUAGCCUUGGAGUAGGCUUGGUCUAAAAAUGCGCUUUAAGAACCCUUAAAAAUUAUAUACUCGACCAUACGAACUGAUAUUUUUCCCAAUUACUGCAGGCAAACUAAUUAUUUAAGAUUCUAUUUGCGUUUGAAUCGUUUAAAGAAUUUCGUUGCUUCUAUAUUUUCUCUGAUUUUUUGAUAAAGGAAAACAUUAAGCUUAAUUGUUUUAUAUUACUAAGGCCUUUUUUAAUAAAAACAUGUACUAAAAAUCAUGUAAAUUUUAAUGGUUAAUUCGCCUAAGCAACAAAUUUUUUUAUUUUGAAUUUUUGCGAUUUUCAUUCUGUUCUGGACUACCGUUUUUUAACACGAAUGAAAUUAAAAUUUAAAAUAUUUUGGUAACGGAAAAAAAUUGCUUUUUGGUAGUCUCUCUACGCGCUUCGUACAAAAAUUAAAAUUUUGUUACUUAAGCAAUAAAUUAUCGAAUAUUUCCCGCUGGACAGUAGAUGGCACUCGACUAAAAUUUUGACAACUUAUAUAAAGAGUGGACAGCAAAUACUUAUUACACGAAAUUACAAAAAAAAAAAAACAAUAAAAUUAUAAAGUCAUUUUAU